AGGGUUGACGCUUCAGCAAUGACUGAAACAGCACUCCUCUCAGUUAAGACUAGCUAUGACGAACUGACAAGUGCGAAUGGCAACGAACUUAACGAGGAGGAAUGGGAAGAUGAAGGAGAGAUUGACGUUGUUCGUGUGGAUGAUGACACAGAUAUGCUUACAACAAAUGCGGAAGCCGUCACAGAUGAAGAGUAUUUGUGUCGUGGAGGAGAAUACGCGAGGAGGCGAAAGAUACUGUUCAUCCUGUCAUUUGACGCUAAAACGAAGUAUCUUCUAUCAUCAUCAGCGUUUGAUAAAGAAGUAUGGUCGAUGUGACAUUUUUACUCCAAAAAGAUUUCCUUGCAAAGAGUGUUCUGAACGGUUGGCCACCAUAGAAAAACUGUGUGAACAUAUGUACCAAAUUCACGGAGCACCUACACGAGUACAGAUCAAAACCUUCAACACUGAAGCCGAGUUCCAAGAAUUUCUUGAUGUGCUAGAAUCCGCUGGGAAUUACCGUAUGUCGAGAGGGAGAAAAACUAUCAAAGGGGCCACAGUGCAAUACUACCGUUGCAACAGAAUUUACUCCAUACCGAAACGUUUAGCUGGCCUUUAUGACAGCGCUGUGAAUUGCUCCCGGGCUAAUCAGGAGUUCAACGAAAUCUCUUCGAGUUUAUUUGCAAACGAGACGAACACUAAACCAUGUCUUUGUACGGAAGAGUCAUGCACUGCCUUUUUCAGAAAAGCUUAUACUGAUAACGGUAAGAUUGAAGUGAGGUACUGUGAUCAUCACUUGCAUGGAGAUCAAGCUAUCCGCAUUCCUGCUUCGAUUCGUAGACGUAUCCAUGAAAUGAGUGUGAAGAAGCUGCCUACGCAUGUGAUAAUCAUGGUGCUGCAAAAAGAACGCCAUCUUUUCUGCACUCCUGGAUCAGCGCUCGAGCGACGAAUUUUGACAAUAACACUUCCCGAGAUCAAUGCCAUUGCCAGGUCUUUUGCACGAAAGAUUGAAAGUAACUCAAAGCACACAGAACAUGGUCUUGAUAACGAUUUUGAAUUGGUUCAAGAACGAAAUAGCUCGAUAGCCAGUGGAGAAAGUCAUACUCAAGAAGAUGCCCUGAGUGAAGUAGAACUAGCAAUGUUUGAGCAGUAUGAGCGUAAUCGAAAUGGUGUUCUGAGCCAGUUCCACGGUCUGCGACGAGAAGAAAACAGAAAACGACUGCUUCGAAAGCAAAUCUUUGCUGCAAUUUGCAGGCUAGGCCGAUUCACCAGAAGCAUCAGUUUCAAAAACUUCGAUGACAGCUUACUCUCGCAGUCUCAAGAACUCCUCGAUAAAUUAGAGCGUCUGUGGCAGGACAAGGCCAAAGGCCCAAUAACGUAUGAGAUAGAAGACGCCAAAGGGUCAGAAGUGAGCGUAUGGAAUUUGCUGUGUUCAAGUGAAACGGAUAUGACACGACAGGAACUAGCCGCAGACGAGAGUUGUGGCAAUCGUACACAGUUGCAAAACAAUGAAGACAAGCAUAGCUACUUCCCUAAAGUGGAAACAUCAACUUCAACGGCAAUCGCGAGGGCCUCAGCAAAAGUCAGCACAACGCUACCAGUCAGAACUAGCCGUGGUCGUUUGAUCAAGCGCAAAAUAAUCAUGGAUUUGUAG